UUAUUCCUCGUGCCAAUGUAGAGUAAUGUUAGAUGACACCGGCUGCUGCUAGCUUUGGUGAAUCAAUUGUUCGCUGGUUUUGUUCCUUUUUGUUGAUGUUGUGCUCUGGCUCUGUGACUUUGUUUUGCUCGUGGUUGUGAGUUAUUAUGUGAAGUGGUUCAUUUUUUUAAAAAAAAAAGGGAAUGACAUGAUUUGAUAUAUUUUCCUACAUUCUGGUGAAAAUGAUUAGAAAUUGACGUUAUUGCUACAUAUUUAAGGAUUAUUUUUAAUAUUUAUAUUCUUUAAAUUUGAAAACAGAUUUAUCAAGAAAAAGGUAGAACGAUUUAUUUUCGUUUCAAGGCUCUAGAGACUUUUCAAGAUAGGUACUUGUAGAAUUCUAAAUGAGUUUAUUUUGAAUUUAAGUAUGUUGCAUAAGCUCAGCGAAUAGGAUUGUUUAUAAAGUUUUCAGGGGAUGCGAAUAACAUGUUCCGUUGUUAAAGCAAAUUGAGCUUUCGUGACUGUGCAUGCAUAAUCAAAGCUUCUCAAAUUGCUGUACCAUCCUAAAAUUGUUAAACGUAACAUGCAUCACCUUCAAGACCACUCAAAGGCAAAUGUCAAGGAAUAAUGAGAAGUGAAACAUUUCCAGCAAUGAUUAAAUAGUUAAAGCUUUAAUAUUUAUGAAAUAGUGAUAUAUUUUAUACCAUUCCAUAGAGCAGUUAUUUAAGAAACAUUUUCGUGUAGUUUCCAUUUUUCAAAUUGUGUUUAAACAUGAUGAAACUAAGACUGUAUACGUGUAAAAUAGUACUGGCUACGUCCCUAGUCUGGUUCAUUUGCGGUGUGUUACUUCUUAUGUAUUAUACGGACUGUAUUGGUGAUAACAGCGAAGCAUGCCAGACCUUUAGAAAACAGAAAAUAGAAAAUAUUCCUGUUCGUGCCCAUAGAUUUCUGAGGAUAACUGAGCCAUCAACUACUUCCGCGGAUGAGAACUUCCGGUCUUGGAGUCCAGUUGUGGUCAAUAGUAACCCUAGCCAUUGGUCUGGUGAGAUGGGCAGGGCAGUUGUCAUACCUCCAGAAGAAGAAGAGCUUCGAAAAGAGAAAUUUAAAUUAAACCAAUUUAAUCUCCUGGCUUCUGAUCGAAUAGCCCUCAACCGAACCUUGCCCGAUGUUAGAGCCGAAGGGUGCAAGACAAAAACUUAUGCGGCUCGAUUACCUGCCACUAGUAUUGUGAUAGUGUUUCACAACGAAGCAUGGUCUACACUUCUUCGCACGAUUCAUAGCGUCAUUCGUAUGUCGCCCAAAGAACUUAUCGAAGAAAUUAUCUUGGUUGAUGACGCUAGUGAGAGAGAUUACUUGCAGCAACCGCUGGAGGAAUACAUAUCUAAAUUGCCUGUUUCAGUGAAAGUGCUGCGAACUGGUAAACGAUCUGGAUUAAUUCGAGCUCGUCUAAUAGGAGCUGCAAAGGCGAAAGGUCAAGUGAUCACUUUCUUAGACGCUCAUUGCGAGUGCACAAUUGGAUGGUUAGAACCCCUCCUCGAUCGAAUCGCGGAAGACAGGACACGUGUCGUCUGCCCAAUCAUCGACGUCAUCAGCGAUACGAGUUUUGAAUAUGUUCCAGCAUCCGAUAUGACUUGGGGUGGUUUCAACUGGAAAAUGAACUUCCGGUGGUACAGGGUACCUCAACGAGAAGUGGACCGUCGGAAUGGUGACAGGACACUUCCCGUUAGGACUCCAACGAUGGCUGGUGGACUUUUUUCAAUCGAUAAGGAUUAUUUCGAAAAGAUCGGGAAGUACGAUGAGGGGAUGGACAUAUGGGGAGGGGAGAAUCUGGAAUUGUCCUUCAGGAUCUGGAUGUGUGGAGGUACUUUAGAAAUAGUGACUUGCUCGCAUGUUGGACAUGUAUUCCGAAAAUCCACUCCUUAUACUUUUCCAGGAGGUACAAGCAAAAUUGUCAACCAUAACAAUGCCAGGUUAGCUGAAGUUUGGCUAGAUGAAUGGAAAGAUUUCUUUUACGCAAUUAAUCCAGUUGCCAAAAAAGUGGCUGCCGGUAAUGUAACAGAACGUAGAGAACUUAGAAGGAAUCUUCAGUGUAAGUCGUUCCGUUGGUAUCUAGAAAAUAUUUAUCCUGAAUCCCAAAUGCCUUUAGACUACUAUCACCUGGGAGAAAUAAAGAAUGAAUUAACGAACAAAUGUCUCGAUACUUACAACAGGAAGAGUGGUGAAAAUGUGGCUGUCAGUCCUUGUCAUGGAAUGGGUGGUAACCAGGUUUUUGCCUACACCAAACGUAAGCAGAUAAUGUCGGACGAUAACUGUUUGGACGCGGCUUCAUACCGUAGUCCUGUGAAACUAGUCCGCUGUCACGGAAUGGGCGGCAAUCAACAAUGGGAAUAUGAUGAGGAGGAAAAAUCAAUACGACACGUUAACACAAGGAAAUGUUUGGACAAACCAGAGGAUAAAGAUCCAACUUUGCCUCUUCUCAAAGAGUGUGACGGUAGCCCAUCUCAAGUGUGGAUUAUGAAAGGAAAAUUUAAGUGGCAAGUUUCAUAAAACUCCCUGCUGAAACUACUUCAGGGAAAGAAAACAGCAAAUGUGUUUAGUUUGAGUUUGUAAAGUGGCUUAUAAAAGACUGGAAAAAUAUACGCGAACUUCUGAGAUUGAACUGAACUUGAAACUAACUUCGAAGAGACAUUCCACUUCAAAAAGUAUAUUACAAAAGUGUAUUUAUAUUUAUAAAGUUUAUGAAAAAUCGGAGUUCCUUUUAUGAAAACAGUGUUUAUAUAAAUGCAUUCCUAUAAAUACAUUGUUUAAUUUUUCU